UCAGAAGUGUUUGAAAUCAAUUGUUGAACUUUCAUCAGGGGACGCAAUCAUUAACAAGUAGCCGAUUUCCAUACAAGCAAGCAUUUUAAAAGCAUUGAUGUAUGUUUAAAGCGGAAUGCAUGACAUACAAUUGAAAAGGCGACACCCAGUGAUUUGGACACACAGGCCGACAGGAACCAGCGUUGUUGUAUCAUCUCUUCCACACAGGACGCUGCAAAUCAUGACGUUAGCGAGCUAGCUAGCUGUUUGAUAAUUCACCAACAGCAACUUCAUCGGAAUCGGGCCGCUCUUGGAGAAACAAUGAAUUCCCUGCUGUCGAAUCCACAAGGAAACGGGCUCCUUUACGCGGGAUUUAACCAGGACCAUGGGUGCUUUGCCUGUGGGAUGGAGAAUGGCUUUCGGGUUUACAACACAGAUCCACUUAAAGAGAAGGAGAAACAAGAGUUCAUGGAGGGCGGAGUUGGCCAUGUGGAGAUGCUCUUCAGGUGUAACUAUCUCGCUCUCGUUGGAGGGGGGAAGAAACCCAAGUAUCCAACUAAUAAAGUGAUGAUCUGGGAUGACUUAAAGAAGAAGACGGUCAUCGAGAUCGAGUUUUCCACAGAGGUCAAAGCAGUGAAGCUUCGGCGUGACAGAAUUGUGGUGGUCCUGGAUUCUAUGAUCAAAGUCUUCACCUUUACCCACAACCCCCACCAGCUGCACGUAUUUGAAACCUGCUACAACCCCAAAGGAUUGUGUGUGCUGUGUCCCAACAGCAACAACUCUCUUCUGGCCUUUCCUGGGACUCAUUCAGGCCAUGUUCAGAUAGUAGACCUGGCAAACACAGAGAAGCCCCCCGUUGACAUCCCCGCCCACGAGGGCUCGCUGUGCUGUAUCUCCCUGAACCUUCAGGGCACCAGAAUAGCUACUGCAUCAGAGAAAGGGACCCUUAUCAGAAUUUUUGACACAUCCGCUGGUCAGCUCAUACAGGAGCUGAGACGAGGCUCUCAGACUGCAAACAUUUACUGCAUUAAUUUCAACCAAGAUGCAUCCCUCAUUUGCGUAUCCAGUGACCAUGGCACAGUGCACAUCUUUGCAGCCGAAGACGCGAAAAGGAACAAGCAGUCCAGUUUGGCAUCAGCUAGCUUUCUUCCAAAAUACUUCAGUUCCAAGUGGAGCUUCUCCAGGUUCCAGUUGCCCUCGGGCUCCCCAUGUUUGUGUGCCUUCGGAACAGAGCCCAACGCCGUCAUAGCCAUUUGUGCUGAUGGCAGCUACUACAAGUUCCUGUUCAACCAGAAGGGAGAAUGUUCUAGAGAUGUUUACGCCCAGUUCCUGGAGAUGACCGAUGAAAAAAUAUGACGGCGUCACAGCCUCUUUUCUUUUUCGGUUAUUCGGAAGGAAUGAAUUCACUUCCCAUGACGUGCACAGACUCUGCGAGAAGAGCGUCACUACAGAAGAAGGCGAAACAUUUAAUGGAGACAUACUUUUCUAUCACGGCUGUUGCUGGGCCGCCAGAGUGACGUGUUUGAACCAAACACGAUGGAGAAGGAGACAAUAAAAAAAGGAAGCACGUGUUUUGGAUUUUCUCAGACGUCUUCCGAGGACUUUGCAAUGGAUGAUUAUUUUUUAAAUCAAAUAGAUAAUUAUGAUAAAGGGAGAGAUUUGUCAACUAACACCACCUGAGCUAGUGCUAGCGAGUGCCUCUGACUGGAGAGAGAACCUGCAAGCACACAUUUCGUGUGUGUGUGUGUGCACACAAAAGUACCACAAUGAAUGUGUUCACUCAGCAGGAUCACGCAGCAAAACCAUGUAGCUGUAAAUUAUAAUAAACAUUGCAUCCUUCACUGUAUUAACCCAAGACUGAAUAUUAAGGAGGAAAAUCAUUUUUUGUUUGAGUUUGUAUUUGUGUUUUUUUUUAUUUUUAAAUGAAAUCUAUACAAGCAUUGCUAACACCAAGGUUUUUGUUUUGUUUUUUUCAAAUCUGUUUUUCUAAGGAUGUGGAAAUAUGCUUUUGUUAUAUGUUUUGUACCUUGGCUUGGUAUGAAAUCUAACUAAGAUUAAUGCUAACAAAUCCAACAUGUGGAAAAUCCAAAUACAUUUUAAAGUUACAUUGAAAGAUGUAACCAAGUGAAGUCAUGGUUCCUGCUUGGUCUAUGGUUGUUUUUUCAUGUUUAUCUGCAGGCUCCAGCACCCCUCCGCGACCUCGAACGGGACAAGUGGUAGAAAUUGGAUGGAUGGAUCUGCAUCUUAACUGCAGAAAAAGAGAGCACAGUCUCUAAAAGGGGUGUCCAAAGUCUGGCCUGGCAGCCAUUUUCGGCAUGCAGCUUUUUACUUUUUAUUGAGCCGCAUCAACCCUGCGUUCUUACGCCGUCUUUCUGUCGCCAGAAGAUUGCAGCAUAUAUUUUUUAUUUUCUGGGCCACAUAACCAACGUAAGACUGACAAUGCUUGUGAAUGACUUGUUGGUUGCUCCAUAUAUCCUCACUGAAAAACUCACAAUCUCACCAAGUAUAUUUCUAAUUUCUAGUCAAAAUAUCUAAGAAAAAUCUAAUUCAAGUCAGGAUCCACUGAAUGGUCUUUCAGUGUGACAUAAGAAAUUGUGUUGAGGGUAUAGAUGUUCUGAAGGAAAACAAACUACUUUUGAGCAUCUUAAGUUUGUCAUAAGACACAAAACUUCACAAUACUUGUACGUUAAGCUAAAAAGUUUUAAUUACUAAUUUUUUACAUCAAGGAAUCUUGUCAAGAGGAUUUUUGUUUGUUCCAUUGACAGAUUUUUUUUGUUAAUUUCAAAUUAUUUUUGCUUGUAAUGAGAACAAUAAAUCUGCCAAUGGAACAAGUCAAAAUUGUUAUGCUAAGAUUUCUUGAAAUAAGAAAUUAGUAAUUACGACGCGACCCCAAAAGGGAAUAAGCGUUAGAAAAUGGAUGGAUGGAUGGACAUAGCUUUAGUUAUACCAAUUACAGUUGUCUUAGAACAAACUUGUGAUGCUCAAAAGUAGUAUUUUUUUCCCUCAGAACAUCUAUUGCCUGAACAAGUUCUUAUGUCACACUGAGAAAUUACUAUUCAUUCUGCUCUCCAUUGUGUAAAUAACUACAUCCUGCUCAUGCAAAUCAGAGCAAUUGGCUUUGUUGACACUACGUGUGAAUACUAAUCACCAUUUCAAACAAUAAAAGUGUACUUCAUAUUGGGUUGUAUUGCCUUUCCACUGAGCCGUUUUCAAGAGAGAAUACCCCCCCCCAACCCCUCCAAAAAAACAUUUAAUUUUUGUCCAUCUGAUUGUACAUUUGUGUUGUGCGCAACUAUUUUGUUAUACUGAAUAAUGAAAGGACGCUCUGCAAAGUUUUAAGUUGAAAUCUUCACGUUAGGUUUAAAUGUAAAACAAAAUCUACAUUUCAAUUUGAAAAUAAAACAUGGUCAUGGUAACAAACGA